AUGUCGAACACAAACUCUGACUUCCAUAGUCGUCUUCUCCGAUUAUCAGAACCAAUAAGAGAGAUUCUCAGACGAACACAGUACACACCGCAACAGAGUAGCAAAGUAUCCACCAAAGAUAUAAUCUUGUCCUUAUUACCAAACAAUGAAGAAGAAGAAGACAGUCACGCUUCGAUCAAGAAUCUCGCGCUUGCUUGUGCCCUUAUCUCUUCUUCAAGAUCUUCAACUCAUGAACUCCUCUCAUGGAUCCCAGAAAACCUCUGUGUUGCAGGGGAAUCUGCAUUACACGAGAUUUCCAAGGAUUAUUUCAGUGAUUUUCCGGGAAAUAAUGAUGAGAAGGUAGAGGAAUUGAUGGUGGUGGAUAGUGGGAAGAAGAGAUUGGUGAUUGAAUUGUUGCCUAUUGUUUUGCCGGAGUUGAAAGAUGGAAUCGAAAAGAGUUCGAUUGGUAAGAACAAUGAUGCAGAGGAUGUUUCAGCUUCAAUGGCGAGAACACCAAUUGGUUAUGGUAUUUUGGCAGCUCACCAGCUCAGGUGGUUUGUGGCUCAGGUUGAGAAACCGAAUUUGGCGAAAAUUUGCAAUCUUGUGGUUCCUUGUGCUUUGACAGCACUUGAUCAUUCGUCUCCUGAAGUCAAAGGGCAGGGUAUGGUAAGCUUUGUUCAUCUCGCUAAAAACGUGAGUUCAGGUGAUCUCGGUUUGUAUGGAGAAGUGGUUCUUGAUGCGUGUUGCCAGAAUAUAGCUUCCGAUGAUGAGAUUUGGAUACAUGUUGUUGAGUUAUCUGUGCUUCUUGUGACUAAACUCCAGCAAAAUAAUCCCCGUAGCCCGUGGCACGAGAGGAUCAUGAAUGAGAUGCUUGGCCAUUUGGAACGCCAACCAAGAAAUAAGGAGCGACGUAUCGCUUGGCUAAGAUUCAUUGAGCCACUCUUGAACGCUCUUGGGCUUUUCUUACUUGCUCAUUUUCGACGUAUCUUCCCUCUUUUCUUUCAAUGGAUGCAUUCAGAUGAUGCCGAAACCGUUUUGUUGGUUCUUGAUAGACUGGAAACGAUUGUGAGGUUAACGUGGAUUAGAAACUCACCUGUGAUCCCAAGAUUGGUGGAGGAGCUUGUUUCCCUGUACAAAGAGUCAUCGAUGCGUAAAGAGCGCGAUGAAAUCAGACCUCUUAUCCUCCGUAUCUUGAUGCUACUCCGCAAGUGCAAAAGCCUACAGUUUGAGUCAGCGUGGAGCCAGUAUCAGGAGGAUCCAAAUCUGAGCACGGUUGGCAAAUAUAUAUGGACUAGCUCGAGUUGA